AUGAUGGCGGCACCUAGCCACAUGACGAGACGACCCACUACCGACGUUUUGUCUUCAGCAGACAUGGACAUCAUCAAGUUCAAACCGGACGGCGGGGCCGUCGGAGGAGGAGGCAAGGGGAGUCCAGAAUACAACAUGCCUCAUGUGUCAGUGGAGCUCACAGACUAUGGCAGGAGGAGACCGUCUGGUGAGAGGAGAGGCUCUCCCGAAGCCAAUGCUCCAAUUUACGGAGAGUUGGUCGUCCUGGGGACGAAUGGGAGUCUGCCCUGCCAGGCGAUAUCCCACAAGAUGAGGCACUCGUUUGUGCUGAAGAAACAGCCCAAGGCCACGGGGGUGUCCCCCAUCGUUAGAGACCAACGAGACCUGGACUCACUGGCCCGCAAGUCCACACACACAGUCACCCUCCAGAAGACUGGCCAUGUGACAGAGUACGGACACGACUCAACCACAGACCUCUUCCAGUCGAUGGCUCCAUCGUGGCAGAACAGGUCGGGAGAGUACGACGGCGUCACGACCAACGGAGUGGCAUACAUGAGACCAGUGGGAGUGUUUGAGUCAGGAGUCAGUCCAGGGGAGUGGAGGGAGGUCACCGUGAACGGACACGUCAGGAAGAUGAGGAAGGAACGCUCCUCUAGAUGUACCGGAGUUGAGGCUCCAGAGGAGACCAAUAUUCUGACUGACGGCUGUCUCAUAGACCUGUGUGGAGUCACCCUCAUGUGGCGGACUGCCAUUGGCAUAGAACAAGGCCCUAGCAACACCAUCCUGCGCUCACAUCGCCAGGAGCUCAACGAGAAAGCCCCUCAAUGUCCAGUCAAUCUCCUCACACUCCAUUUCAGAGGCAGCAGCCACGCCAGGACACCUGCUAAUACCUCCUCCACUGAGGUAUUAGAGGAGAGAGAGCCGUGGGUAUACCUCAAGUGUGGUCAUCUCCAUGGCUACCACGAGUGGAAGGCCGGGCCCAAGGAGAGCGACUCCAAGAGAACAUGUCCGGUCUGCAGAGAGGUGGGGCCAUAUGUGAGACUGGAGUUGGGGCAGCAGAGGGCUUUCUUUAUUGACAGUGGAGCUCUAACCCACGCCUUUGUCCCCUGUGGACAUGUCACCACCAAGAGAACUGCAGAGUCAGUACUGGACGUCAGUGCAAAUCCCACACCUAUCCAACGAGCGGACGUCUCGGUGUCCAUUCUGUACCGAGCCUCUUGACACAGAGAAACCGGCCGUCAAACUCCUCUUUAGCUGAUGAUCCAACACCCCACCACCCCACCAUCAUCACCAUCAUCACAAUAAUGACACUCUGUACCGUACCGUACACUUGGCAAGUCAUGUUUUUCGUGUCACAUAAUUCAGAAAUCAUUUUUAUUGCCAUAUUCACUUCAUUUUUUGCACCAAAUAAGUUUUAUAAACCAGCUUUCUUUCAACAAACACA